CAAUCUCCCACCAGUACUAUCCCCAUGCUAGGCUAUAAAUCUUAUGCUCAUCUCAACAGAAAGCGUUCAAGGACAAAAAAGAACAGGUCCUCCAACGAGUCAAUCUUGUCUAACGAGUCCCUUCACUCGCUUGCCACCAACAGCCCUCUUGAUUCUGCUGCCAAUAAAGACCCUUCCACCGCUGCUGAUUUUGCUGCCAACAAAGCUGAUAUCUAUACCAUAAAUGAGUCUCUUUCUGGCCUAGAAAUUACCAACAACAGCACUGAUAAGGCUACUAACAACAAUAAUCCUAACAAUAAUAAUCCUAACAAUAGUAAUCCUAACAAUAACAACCCCAUCACCAAUAAUAUCACCAAUAACGAACUAGUAAAAUACAAAGACUACUACAAAUCGUUUCAUACAUCAUCUAAAAAUGGUAUUCAAUAUAACAAUUACACUUUGACUAACUCCUCUUCAAAUCCUUAUUUGCACAACAAUUCACUAAAUAGUUUAUAUUUUACUUCUCUCGACCAAUUGAAACUGUGGUGGAACCAAACCCAUAAAAACUCUUCCUCCUCAUUUUCGUCUCCUCCGAAUUUAAAUAUCCAUCAAUCAUUUGAUUCAUUUAGAAUUCCUAAAUUCAAAACUCAUCAUUCUUUUAAAAGAUUCAAAAACAUAUCAAAUUCUUCAAAGAUUAAUCUUUUGGUUUGUCAUGAUUUUAACGGUAAUUAUCAAAAUUACGAAGACAUGAACCCACAAGGUUAUUUUCCUCAUUUAAAUGGCACUCAUUUUUUCUUACAGUUUCCACAACUUGUUGAAAUGUUCACUUAUUUUUCUCAUAAUUUAAUUACAAUUCCUCCGGUAUCUUGGAUCAAUAACUGUCAUAAAUUUGGUAUCCCCUGUUUAGGUACGAUAAUAUUCGAAGGAAAUUCUAUAGAAGUCAUAAAGAAAUUAGACUCUUUAUUAUCUAUUAACCCAACUAAUAAUAAAUUCAUCUUUGUCGAUAUUCUUACUGAUUUAUGCAAAUAUUAUAGUUUUGAUGGCUUUUUAUUGAACAUUGAAACCCAUUUUUCAAAUUUUGAUUUAUCGAAUAACUUAAUAUCCUUUAUUGAAGCAUUAAAAUCAAAUCUACAUUUAAACAUUAAAAAUUCAAAAAUCAUUUGGUACGAUUCCCUUGUUCCUUCAAUUAAUAAAGUCAAAUAUGAAAAUGGUUUAUCCGUUGAUAAUUAUGAAUUAUUUAAAAAUUCAGAUUUCUUUUUCACUAAUUAUUGGUGGAAUGAAGAUAAUUUGAAAAAAAACAUAGCGAUAGCUGGGUUAUAUGGUAUUAAUAACUCUCUCUAUGUCGGUAUCGAUGUCUGGGGCAGAGGUUCCCAAUUAUCUGAUGGUGGCUAUGACACCCCAAAGGCAAUCAACUAUUGUACUGCUUAUGAAUCAAAUGUUGCUUUAUUUGCUCCAGCUUGGGUUUAUGAAUAUUUGGGCCAUGAAAAUUUCAUACAAAAUGAUAGAAAAUUCUGGAUCGAUAAUGGUUUGAAUGUUGAUACAAUAUCAACUUUUAUCUCAUCUUAUACUUCUACUUGCUAUUAUCCCUUUUAUCAUGACUACUCCUUAAACAAUACGCUUCAUGAAAACCUCAAAGGUAUCAAUAACAAAAGCGACUUUAUCUUCUAUACGAAUUUUUCUAAUGGUCAGGGAAAUUUUUUCAAUAUUAAUGGUAAAUCACAUUUUAAUGACUUUUGGGUUAACAAUAGUUAUCAAUUUGAAAUUCCCUUAAUUGUAUCCUAUCAAAAUAAUUAUACAAAUAAAAUCCCAGAUUAUGAUUUUCUAAAAAUCUCUUUAAACUAUUUAGAUUCUUUUAAUGGUGGUUCAUGUUUAAAAAUCGUUAAAAACAAUUCUUUAUUAUUAGACCAAAAUGAUUCAAACUAUUAUAAGAAAAAUUUAUUUAAUUUUAACAAUGAUUGUUUAAAUAAAAAUAUUAAAUUCAAAAUUAAUUACAAAUUAAACAAUAUUAAAAAGGAUCCAAAUGAUGAUUUUAAAAAUAAUAGUAAUAUCAAAAAAAUUUCAAUGAUCGAAGGUGAAAAACUUCUAGAUGAAUCUGUUAUAAGUUUCACUGAUGAUAACUCGGACGAGGAUUUCGAUGAAAUGGAUGGGUUUUUCCAGUUAGAAAUAAAUUACUAUAUUGAAAGAAGAAGAAAAAAUAAAACCAAAGUCUUUCAGGGAAUAAUCGCCAUUUCUUUAGAUGUUCCCUCAAAGAAGUUUUUGGACAGUGAUAUAAAUGGCUGGCAUACUAUUGAAAAAGUUAUCAAAACUCCCUCAAGAUAUAAAAAUGAGUACUGUGUUUUAGAAAAAAUUAAUAUUAAUUGGAUUACAAAUGAUCAAUUAAGAUUAAAACUGGAACAAAAAAAUUUUCCAAAAUUAUUUUCAAAUGUUUAUCUGGUUGAACCUACAUCAUCAGAAAUUAAUAGCAAUAUUGACAAUAAUAUAAUUAAAAAUAAUAUGAUUAAUAACGAUAGUAAUAAUAAUAAUAAUAAUAAUAAUAAUAAUGUAAAUGUUAACGAAUCAACUGCAUUAUUAGGAGCAAAUAAUAAUAACAACAACAAUAAUAAUAAUGUUCUUUUCAAUCUCCCUUCAUUGAACAAUUCCGAUAGUAAUAGUCUUGAUGAAUGGGUUAUUAUUCCCAAAAACACAGAUCCAAAUAACUAUGUUGAAUUGUUAAUAGGUGAUAUAUCAAUUCAAACUUUAGAUAUAGAGAAUGAUCCUCAAACUAAACUUAUCAAGCCAAUUAGCAAUUUAUUGGAAGUUAAUAAAUAUUCAGUGCCAAAAUCUGUUUUGUCGACAAUUAAACCAAUUACUAAUUUAGCCACAUCAUUCAUGUCACUAUCUGGAGCCGGUGGUGGUUUAGGACAUGGUACUAAGAACUACCAUAAAUAUAUUAUUAAAUGGGAAGAAACUGUAGAUUGUGCACCAUUAAUUUCUCACUGGAAUGUGUUUAUAGAUAGCGUAUUUGUGGGUAUUGCAUUUACUAAUUCUUGGUUUAUAUCUGGGUCUGAAGAUAUUUUGAAGAAUAAGAAUAAAAUUAACGUCAGAGUUGAUGUUGUUAGUUUUACUGGUGAUAUAAUUGAAGGGAUUGAUAUUCCAGUAACAUUAUAACUGGCUUUUAUUUCAGUUUAACACUUUAUAUUUCAUUUUUUAUUAUUUUAUUUUUUUACUUUAAAUUCGACUUACAGAAUUUGGUUUUUCAUUGGUGUUUUUUUAUUAAGGAAGUCAAUUAACGACAAUACUGGUUUAUUCAUCUUACGGUUGCACACACAUAUUUAUCAUAAUAUCCACUUUUUCAUAUCUUUUUUUUUUUCAACUUUCUUACAUUUUUCCACACUAUA